AUGGACUCUGAAGCCAAUGAUACCAUUGUGCAACAGGCUUUCAGAGAGAACAAUCUAGUUUAAGAUAGACAAUUGGCAUACUGUGCCAGGCAUUCAAUGGAACUACUGCUGAUGCAUCUGACAGAAACAUGAAGAGCAGCCCUCAACUCAGAGAAGGUGGUGGCUGUGGCUUUUUUAGACUUUCAAAAAGCAUUUGACAUUGUUUCCCACAAUAUACUAGAAAAGAAGCUGAAAUGUGACUUUGGCAUUAUACAGGCACGUUUCUUGAUUGGAUUAAGAGUUAUCUAAAUGAGAGACAGCAAUUCAUGAUGGUGAAUUGCUGUCUUUCAUUCACUUUUGGCAUUAGCCAGGGAUCAGUGCUAGAACAGACUCUUUUCACAAUUUUCACAAACAACCUUCCAUCCUCUGUCUGCUCAGGAUCACUGCAUAUGUAUGCAGAUGAUGUUAGUCUAUUGUAUAGGAGAAACUGCAGACACAGCUAUUGCACAGUUUAAUGCAGUACUGCAAGAGUUACAUGCAUGGUGCUUUAACAACCGUUUAACACCUAAUCCAGGCAUGAGUGAGGUUAUGUUACUCAGUAAAGGAACCCUGAUGGGAUCAAUAGCUCCUGUGCUUUUAGGAACCUCAAAUCUGAUGUGGUUACAAAGCAGGCUUGCUGGGCUUGACAGUUGACCAGAAACUCAGCUGGGUACUGCAUGUACUGGAGACCCAAGAGAGCUUUGCUAACAAACUGAACUUGCUAAAACGACCCAGAUUUCUCACAAGGGAUAUAUUAAAGGAAUUUUAUUUCAAAGAAAUUUUGACUUCUGUAAAAUAUGGUUUAGUUCUGUGGGGAUCUUGUAAUAAUACUGAUAUAUUUGGUUCAAUAGAGAGACUACACUGCAGGGCAGCAAGAAUUAGAUUUAAUCUACCUAAAGAUAUGACAUCAUCCAACAUGCUUAGAUAUGACCAGUGGCCUAUACCUUCUUUGUAUAAUAAAUAG